AUGCCCCGAGGGGGCAGUGGCUGCGAGCUGAGCCCGGGUGGAAGCGCGUCGCAGCGGACGCGGGCGCCCCUCGCCACUUCGGUGACCCUUCAGGAGCCGGGACCGGAGCCCCGGAGGCGGCGGCGCGGGCCCGCGAGGGCGGCGAGCCGGAGCGGCGGCGGCAGGGGCGGCCCCGGGCCAGCAGCGGCCUCGGCACGGGGCCGACGGCUGCCGCCCGCCGGAUCGAGCGGCGGCGCGGAACUUGAGGAGGACGACGGCGGGCAAGAUCUUCAGCUGGAAGGGGGUGCCUUGGGGUCCUGGGGGAGUGCCCCCCUGCCCUCCUCCAGGGCCAGGGGCCCAGCACCUUCAGGCAGGAAAUACUCAGACCACUGUGAGGCCCGGGCCUCGAGGCCUGGAAAGAGCCGCAUUCCUGGCCGUGACCACCGGCGCUAUUACCACGACCACUGGCGGCUGGAGUACCUGAUGGACUUCAACCCUGCCCGCCACGGCAUGGUGUGCAUGGUGUGCGGCAGCUCGCUGGCCACGCUCAAGCUCAGCACCAUCAAACGGCACAUCCGCCAAAAGCACCCCUACUCCCUGCACUGGAGUCCCCGGGAGAAGGAAGUCAUCAGCAACAGCUGGGAUGCCCACUUGGGGCUGGGGGCCUGCGGAGAGUCCGAGGGCCUGGGGGCCCAGGGGGCUGAGGAGGAGGAGGAAGAGGAAGAGGAAGAGGAGGAGGAUGGGGCUGGCCUGCAAGCUUGCCCACCCAAGGGCCCAGGCAAAGCCCCAGCUGGUGAGGGCAGCCGAUGCCAGCGGCGAGGGGGCCCAGUGGCACCCCGGGCUCGGCGUCGGCACCUCUCAGCCUCCCGGAGGGCCGGGGGCAGCAGGGGGCUAGGGGCCCGGCGCCUGGAGCGGAGGCUGAAGGAGUCCCUGCAGAACUGGUUCCGGGCAGAGUGUCUCAUGGACUAUGACCCUCGGGGGAACCGGCUGGUGUGCAUGGCCUGUGGCCGGGCACUGCCCAGCCUGCACCUGGACGACAUCCGUGCCCACGUGCUGGAGGUGCACCCCAGCUCCUUGGGGCUCAGCGGCCCCCAGCGCAGCGCCCUGCUGCAAGCCUGGGGUGGCCAGCCCAAGACACUGUCUGAGCUCACUCAGUCCCCACCAGACGAUGACCUCGUCCCCCAGGACCUGACCAGAGAGAGCCGGGACCCCGCCCCCACUGCUGGAGCCCUGUCCUCUCAGGAUCUCAGUCCCCCAGACGUAAAAAAAGAAGAGGCUGGCUGGCUCCCUGAGAGGCCCGGGCCCGCAGAGGAGGAGGGGGAGGGGGAGGAGGAGGAGGAGGGCCAGGAGGGCGAGAGGGUGGGGGUUUCGGGCCGGUCGCCGCAGGGCCGUGACCGCCGCCGCCGCCGCUACCAGGAGCGCUGGCGGCUGGAGUACCUCAUGGAGCUGGACGGCGGCCGGCGCGGCCUGGUGUGCAUGGUGUGCGGGGGCGCGCUGGCCUCGCUCAAGAUGAGCACCAUCAAGCGGCACAUCCGCCAGCGCCACCCGGGCUCCACGCGCCUCAGCGGGCCUGUCAAGGCCCUCAUCGCCCAGGAGUGGAGCGAGAAGGCCGCUCACCUGCUGGCCCUGGGGCUGCCCAGCCCCGAGUCCCCCGGGGACCCUGCCGCCCCCGGCACAGCCGCAGCCUCCGAGGAGGGGGGAGGGGAAGAGGAGGAGGAGCCAGAGGAGGAGGAGUGGUGGGGCGAUGUCCCGCUUUCCCCAGGGGAGCCGUCGGAACGGCCCGCCGAGGACGACGAGGACGACGAGGACGGCCAAGAGCCCGGGGGACUCGCCUUCCCGCCGCUGCCCCCGCCCCCGCCGCCGCCCCCGCCGCCGCCGCCGCCCCCGCCCCGCAGCCGAGAGCAGAGGCGGAACUACCAGCCGCGCUGGCGGGGCGAGUACCUGAUGGACUACGACGGCAGCCGGCGCGGCCUGGUGUGCAUGGUGUGCGGGGGCGCGCUGGCCACGCUCAAGGUCAGCACCAUCAAGCGGCACAUCCUGCAGGUGCACCCAUUCUCCAUGGACUUCACGCCCGAGGAGCGCCAGACCAUCCUGGAGGCCUACGAGGAGGCGGCGCUGCGCUGCUACGGCCACGAGGGCUUCGGGCCGCCGGCCCCUGCGCCGCGCGACGGCGGCGCGGACCUCAAAGCGGGCGCCGUCUGUCGGGCGUAGCGGGCGUAGCGGGCGUAGCGGGCUCGCGGGGCGGGCCGGGCGGCUCCGCCCUGUGCUCCGCCGGCCCUCGGGCCCGGACACCCUGCUUCCCGCGACCCUGGCCGC